GCUCAGCUCCGACCCCUACUAUAAGGGUAGUCUGACAGAAGGGGUUGGCCCGGCUCGGAGAACUAGGUGGCAUCAUGACAUGUGAUCUGUCUUCCCUGAAGCCCGAGCCCGACCAGGCAGGCUAUCUAGCCACCUGAGGCAAACGCGGCAUGGAUAUGUGACUUUGCACGUCGCCUUGCCUCUAUCGCGAGAGCCAGCACCGGUUCGGGCGAGUCUGACCAUUGUCGUCGUCGUCGUCGUCGCCGUCGUCGAACGCGACGGCCCUGCCGGCCCUGCCGGCCUGCACAGUCCCGCUCGUGCCAGCGCGCGCGGUGCGAUUGGUCGUCGUCAGCAAGGAGGCGAGGUCAGGUCAGCCCUCCCACCCCGUCACUAUGGCUCUUCUCACCCCCCCUUCCCAACCUCCAAAGCGAGGUCUUUGCAGAGGGUUGAGACCCUGCAGGAGCCAUUCACAGCAUUGGGAUAUAUUACCAUGGUAUACUCGACGGUACAUCCGCAACUCCUAUUCGUACUGGCGUCUGAUCCUAUCGGGGAGUUCGCUUGCCCCGCUCCCGUUGCCUCCCCCCUCUCUGCAUCUCUCUGUCCCUACGUCUCUCUACGUCUACCAUACGAGUAGUCGCGCCUGUCACCCACCCGCAGCGGCGAAAGCAGGGGCCAGCGUGCAGCCAAGAUGCGCAAACCACGAUCAGAUUUCCAGCGGGCAGAGAUGGCUGCUUCCGGCUGGUGCUCGUCCUUGGAUCGAACCUCGUCUGUCUGCCCCGUGGCACUGCCACCCUACCAACAUAUGUAUGGACACUUGCGGAUGUCCACCUCGCCGAACCUGACGUCCUGGCCCCCACGGCACCGGCUGGUAGGCAUCUAGCAAUAUGUGUGGGCG